AUGCGGCCCCGCCGCCUCCUGCCGCCGCUGCCGGUGCUGCUGCUGCUGCUGGCUGCGGGCGGGCGGCGGGCGCGGGGCGCGGCGGAGCCGGGAGCGCACGGUGAGGAGCCCCCUGCCCACCCGUGCCCGUGUCCCGCAGAGGUGGUGCUGCGGGUGCAGGUGUACGAGAGCGGGACGCUGGUGCCGCUGGCCCAGGCCGCGCUGGAGGUGCUGAGCAACCGCAGCUCGCUGGCAGCCGGUACCACCGACCACGAGGGCUGUGCCGCGCUGCCCGUGUCCUACCGCCUGGGCUCCUGGCUGCUGGUCACUGCCGCCCGCCGCGGCCACGUCACCGCCUCCGUGCCCUGGCGCGUCCACAAGCUGCCGCUCUACGCCUCCAUCAGCCUCUACCUGCUCCCGGAGCGCCCGGCCACCCUCAUCCUGUACGAGGACCUGGUGCAGAUCCUCCUGGGCUCCCCAGGUGGCCGUGGGCAGCCGUGGGCGCAGUUCCCCCGCCGGGCAGCGCGCCUGCCCCGCAGCUCCACCUACAGCCAGCUCGGAGCGUCCCUCACCGCAGCCUCCGGCCCCGGCCUGGCCAGAGCCUUCCCGGCCUUCCUGGGGGCCGAGCAGGACAGCAGCGCCAAUGCCACCUGGCUGGAGCUGGCGCCCGUGGUGGCCCUCAGCGUCCACCUCUACACUGGCAACGGGACCGAGGUGCCGCUGGCCGGCCCCAUAGAGCUCUGUGUCCCCUUGGCUGCCGACACUGUCCCCGUGGUGGCCACCAGCGUGCCAGCCUGGAGGUUCGACCCCAAGAGUGGGCUGUGGGUCCGUAAUGGGACGGGGUUGAUCCGUAAGGAAGGCCGGCAGCUCUACUGGACUUUCGUUUCCUCCCAGUUGGGAUACUGGGCAGCAGCUCUGCCCUCUCCCAGCACAGGGCUGGUGGCGAUGGCGGCGGGGGUGACGGACAUCACCACCUACCACACCAUCUUCCUCCUCACCAUCCUGGGCGCGCUGGCCCUGCUGGUCCUCAUCCUCCUCUGCCUCCUCAUUUACUACUGCAGGCGGCGGUGCCUGAAGCCGCGGGCACAGCACCGCAAGCUGCCGCUGCCGGGGCCGCUGGACGUGGGGCGCAGGGACCAGGCCACGUCCGUGUCCCAGCUGGACCUGCUCUGCGGCGGCAGCCACCUCGAGACGGCCUCCUCGGGGGGGGACACGGACGCCCCGACCCCCGGGGCGGCCCCCCCGGCCCGUCCGGACUUCUUCCAACCGCCGGCGCCCCCCCCCCCACUCCGCUCCGGGCCCCGCACCCCCGGCGGAACCCUGGCCCCCCCCCGCCGCCGCCAGCCCCCCGCCCAGGAGGACUACGGGCGCCCCGGGGAAGCCUUCGGCCUCCGGGCUGCCCGCUCCGUGGACGGGCUGCAGCCGCCGGAGGAGCACCCCCGGGGGGCCCCCGCCUUCGGCCCCCGGCCCCCCUCGCCCCCCGUGUUCGCCCGUUACGGGGGGCAGCCCGCGGAGCACCCUCUGCCCGAGCCUCCCCCCCGCCCGCCCUCCAUGGCCCCCCCCGCUCCCCUCCUCCUCUGUGGGGGUCCGGAGGACGUGUACCGGGGGGUGAUGCCCACGCUCCUCAUCCCCGCCCGGUACAUGCGCCUGGCCCCUGGAGAACCGGAGGGUCCCCCCGAAAACGAUGGGGGGCCCGGGUCGACGGGGGUGCCCACAGCCGCCCCCCCGGCCCCCCCAUCCUCCGCGCAAGGGUUUGAGGAAGGGGAGAACUGGGCUGGUGCCCGCGGCCCGCAGCCGGUGAGCGGCUCGGUGGCCAUCCCGGUGCUGCUGGACGGGUCGGCGGUGGCGCAGCUCAACGGGGAGCUGCAGGCGCUGGCGGGGCAGCAGCUGUUAGAGCUGGGGGGGCCGCCCCCCCCCCGGGCUUGGUUCGUCUCCUUGGACGGCCGCUCCUCGCAGGUCCGACAUUCCUACAUCGACCUGCAGGGCGGGGAGAGGGGCUCCGGCCCCGCGGGGCCCCCCCCGCGCCUCCCGAGGGCCGUCGGGGCUGCCGUGGGGGGGGAGGACGGAGGCUCCCGGCCCCCCCCCGCCGCGGCCGCCGCCUCCCCCGAGGACAGCUCCUUGGCCCCGCUGCUGGAGGCGGGCGGCGGGGGGGGGCGGCGCGGGGGGGGCAGCGGCCGCAGCAGCGCCAGUGAAGCCCCCCGGGACUCGCUGACCAGCCCCGAGGAGGAGGCGCUGGUGGAGGCGGGCGAGGGGGGGGACGACGGCGGCGACAGGAAGAGCCCCUGGCAGAAGCGGGAGGAGCGGCCGCUCAUGGUCUUCAAUGUCAAGACAGGGGGGGCCAGCAGUGCCCCACGGGCCACCGGUGCCUCGAAGCUGCCGUAGGAGCUGAGGGGGGGGGAAUGCCUCUCCCCAAACCUCCCCCCUCCCUCCUUGGCUUUGGAUUUUAAUCGUGUUUCUAAAUGUUUUCUACAUGGCGAGGAUGAAGAGGGACCAGCGGGGGCUGGGUGGGCAGUGGGGGGGACGUGGGGACCCCCCCCGGCACUGCCUGCCCCUCUGGCCAGGGAGCUGCUGCCUUACAUGGCAUUAAUAUAUUAAAGAGAGA